AUGGCGCCCCGGUUCCAAAGUGUUGCUGUAAUCGGCGCGGGCCCAUCUGGCAUUUCUGCCGUCAAAGCCUUGCAAGAAGAAAAUAUUUUCCAGACGAUUCGUCUAUUCGAGCGACGAGGUCACAUUGGAGGAAUAUGGCAAUACGAUGAGAUCCCCGAUCGGUUUCCAUCCCAAGAGUCUUCCAGUCAACAAAAUCACGAAAUCCCAAGUCGCCUUCCGCUGCUCAAGUCUCCUUCUCCUGAAGAUGUGACAUCUCGAACAGGGAUUUAUGAGGCCCUUGACAGCAAUGUCGGUGCCAAAGUUAUGGCUUUCUCGCACACUCCAUUUCCCGAGAUAAAUUCCGCGUGGUCAACCAGACACUUAGGACAUUCCAACCCAACCCGGCCAUUUCGGGUGGUGAGAAAAUAUCUAGAAGAUGUGUUCCAAGACUACCUUCAUCUUGCCUCGCUCAAUACAACAGUCGAGAAGGUUGAAAAGCGAGGCCAAAAGUGGACCUUGGCACUUCGUCAGUCUGGGCACGGGGAUGGUACCACUCCUAGGGACUAUUGGUGGGAAGAGCAGUUCGAUGCUGUGAUUAUUGCAUCAGGGCAUUACAGUGUGCCUUCUGUUCCUAGUAUUCCAGGGCUAGAUGCUGCCUUUGCGCGCUAUCCGACUGUAUUUGAGCAUUCAAAGUCAUUCCGAACAGCAGACGAUUAUGUGAACAAGCGUGUGGUGGUCGUUGGGGGCAGUGUCUCCUCGGCAGAUCUUGUCGCAGAUUUACAUGCGAUUGUGAAAGGCCCUCUCGAGGUAUCCCAGAGAGGAAAGAACGAGGCACUGCAAUCCGCAUGGGAUCUACCUAAUGUCAACCUUAGGCCAACGAUUAAAGAGAUCCGAGCAACAGAGAAAGGAAUAAGCGUCGUGUUCUCCGACGACAGCCUUUUGGAUGGCGUGGGCAAGAUCAUUUUCGCCACUGGGUACAAGCUGUCCUAUCCAUUCCUCGUCCCGAACCCCGUGACUCCCAACAACCGGCUGUCAGGGUUUUACCAGCAUAUUUUCAAGAUCGGGGACCCAUCCUUGGCUCUCGUCGGCCAGGUCCGCGCUGCGCUCAGCUUCCGGGUUUAUGAGUACCAGGCGGUUGCGGUUGCACGAUAUUUUGCCGGAAGAAAUGCGGCGUCCUUGCCAACGCCACAAGAGCAAGAUCUUUGGGAAGUCCAACGCCUUCAAUAUAAAGGCCACACAGCCCUGUUUCAUGAAAUAAAGCCUGAUUUUAAGGAAUAUUUUGAUUUCUUGACAGGAUUGGCUGGUCCCCCAGCACCGGGAACGGGUGGAUACACACUCCCUCCUUGGGAGGACCGAUGGGCGGAACAAGGAUUUGAGAUUCUCCAGCUAAAGGAUAAAUACUGGAAGUCACUACGAAGGACGGCUAAACUGUGA